GUACUGGUGCCGCAGCGACAUUGCACUGCGGCUGAUCAUCGGAUCCAGCGGCUUCUUGAGGGCCACAGAGAUGGUCACCUUGUGCCGCUGCCAGAUCCAGGUCUCGCUGGAUCGCUCGAGUGCGUUGAUCCUUUCGCCGAUGACAAAGAGCGGGCUGCGGCGGCACGUCGAAGAGUCAGUCGUCAUUGCAGACCGAGGCGUGGCUCGUUUUUGUGAACACUUGCUGGGCCACCUGCAACCAGGAGAUCAGGUGCUGCACGGGUCCGUGCCCAACUUCAGGCUGGUCUCCGACAGCCUCUUGGACGGCAUGGGAGUUCGCCAUCAUGGCUUUCGCCCGUACUCCCUCAG